CAACUUCAUAUCAAUUCACAACAACUCUAGUUAUCACUACUUCUAACUCAACGUUAAACAAUCGCUACAAUUGUCAACGAAAGGUUACAUUCAAUUCAAUUGAAAUUUGCAUUAAUAAUACAAUUAUAAUAAUAGUAACGAAACGCAUCUCAACUCAACAUUAAGUCUAUUAUAAGUCAAACUUAAAACUUAACGAAAGCUAAAUAUUAACGAAGAGAUUCAUUACAAUUGUUGGCCAAUCGUUUCAAUCGAUUCAUAAAUCAAAUCAAUAAUUCAUAUAAUGUUUAGAUUUGCAAACUAUGUCUUCGGAAGUGAUAACGAGUCUAACGCUAACAACGAGAACAUAGAUGUGAAUCAAUGCGUGGAAAGGGAUGUCGACGACGACUGGAUCCUAAUCGACGGUCCCAUCGGUGACCACAAGUACAAGAAGCCAACCAUCACUCAAAUCAUUGAAAUCGACGAAAACGAUGGCAAUGAGAGUGAAUUGCAAACAAUUGCUGCCAAUUAUGAGACAACGACUUACAGAGUGCCUCAAACUUCACACAACAUUUCAGACGCACAACAAACCCAACAAUCCAUUGACAAGAGUUGCCACUCGGGAGCCGACACUGCCGUCGCUCACCAGGCAAUGGAGGAGAGCUGGUUCGUGACACCCCCUCCCUGUUUCAACAGUCUCUCCAAUCCCGUCAUCAUUGAAACCACACCAUUAGAGAACCUGCUUAUAGAGCACCCGAGUAUCAGUGUCUUCGGACCAUCACUGCCGCCCAUUGAUCAAAGAUCACCACAUUAUGACCAAUCACUCAUACCAUCGCCACAGUCGACACCAGACAUGUCUUCCAAUGGCUCGACUCAAGUGAUGUCGAGAAGACAGAUGAGAGCGUUGAAGCGUCAACAGCAACAGCAACAGUCUCUCGCCAACAGAAACACCACUCAAACCAAUAUCAAUGUCCACAUCAGGACUGGUGUUUUGGAUGAGCUGAAGGUAUUGUCUGCUCAGCAGAGCCGCGAAGUGUGUGGACAGAAGAGUUUGAUGACCAAAUCAAAUAUGGAUCGACAGAACAAAGUGUUGGUUCAGCGAAAUAAGCCACAGACUCGCAGAGCAAAGAUGACUCUCAGACCGAAUGGUAUCUAUAAUAACAGGAAAAACUGUUGACUUUAAGCCAAUUCAUAACUCAAUACAAAACUACAACUGUUUGUGAUUUUGUAUUUGCAUUCAAAAAACACAUUUAUCUUAAUUAUCGGUUUUAAUCUCUGAUCACUUUUUGUGAGUCAAAGCAUAUAUUUAUUUCAAUACCUUUGAGUUUAACUCAAAUAUUAAUUUUUUGAUUUAUUUUAAAAUAUUAACGCAAA